GGACCCGGUGAGUGUAGGGCCCUGUCGUCUGAGUGGUAUUCAGUGCAGCGAAGACUCAGAUCAGGAACAGACAGAGAGAGAUGGCGGCGUUUCAAGGGCAGGUCCUGCUGUUCACCAUCACUGGGUGUCCGUUCUGCUCGAGGUCCAGGAAAGUGCUAGCCGAUCUACAGGUUCCGUUUGUGGAGGUAAACCUGGACCACUAUCCCGACAGGCGCUAUGAGAUGCAGGAGAAAACGGGGCGAAGGACGGUCCCGCAGAUCUUCUUCAACAGCAAACACAUCGGAGGUUUUGAUGACCUGAAGAAACUGUAUGACAGUGGGAGUCUGGAAGAUGAACUGAAGGUCGUGGCGGAGACAGAAGUCCCAUCAGAUGCCCCCAGGCUCCACCUGCCCAGGACACCUCUGAGACUGACUCUGGAGACGAGCUGCUUCCCAGUCAGAGAGCCAAACUGGCUGGAGGUAAGGAGCGAGUUCUUUGAUUCAUCGUGUUUUUCACGCGUAUUCAGAAUCACGCAAAUCAUUACGGUAUGUGUGUCAUAGCUAGUGCCUAAUAUGAUUACAGAAGAAUUUCACAUUCCCACAACUAAGAGGAUCGCUUCGGUCGACUAUAAAUAGUCAAAUCUCGCCCUGUAAAAUCAUUUUUAAAAGUUGCACCAAUAUUGGUGGGAGUGCGAAAAAGUUUUAUAUUUUAUUUUCAGUAACAAAGCUCUCAGACCUCAAAAUUUGCAAAUUGCGAAGGUCUCUACAACUCCUCUAUUACAACUACAUAUACAUACACUUAGUUAGUACCUCUAAACGGGACUAGUGAUGGACCUACAUCGUGACCCGUACAUUUGAAGACUCACUGUGCAUGUUGGCAGCCGCAGGUAGUGAAGACUGCCUGGACUGCACGCCGGACGAGCUGGCUUCCCUGGUGAGAGAGAUACAGGACAGCUCCCUCGUCAGGACCCACACGUACCACUUGAAGGGCUACAAGAACAGUUUCGUUGCCCGCGACCUCGUCACGUGGCUUGUGGAGCAGAAGAAACUCCCCUCCCGCGAGGAGGCAGUAAAACAGGGACUGGAGCUUCAGGCCAAACACUUCAUCCACCACGUGACCUUUGACCACGAGUUCAAAGACGAGUGGUUGUUUUUCCGUCUCCUCGGCGACGGCCACCUCAAGGCGCUCAACGCCAAGUUGUCCUAUGCCUGCAUCCCUCGCCCAGCUACGGAGGUGGCGGAGGACCUGAGGAGGUACAUCUUGGAGAUACAUGCAGACUUCCUCUCUGAGGAUGGAUAUGUGAGUCGCUUUGCCGCUCAUCCAUUUAGUACAACAUCGGGAUAAUCCUCUAAUCUGGGCACCUGAUGUAGUAUAGACCGAAUAAAGUGUUCAUUUUGAGUGAGGUGUCCUUAUCCUGGUGUGAAAGAACCGAAAGUGAAGACGUUGUUUUGAAAAGAGUGGUGUCCUUUGCGGUGGGUGGAUUACAGAGGAAUCAGUAAAAGCCACAAGUUCGAAGCCUACGUGAGAGCCACCGCCGAACUAAAGAGGGUCGACCUACUCAGUCUCUCUGUCAGCGAGAAGAUUGCGUUCUUUGUCAACGUUUACAACGCCCUCGUGGUCCACGGGUUCGUAGUUCUCGGCCCACCCACCAAUCAUCUCAAGAGAUAUAGAUUCUUCAGCAGCACCAGUUACAUCGUUAGCGGCCGAUGCUACUCCCUCAACGACCUCGAGAACGGAGUCCUUCGUUCCAACAGGAAACCACCGGCCAACUUCAGACGCCCUUUCUCCUCCUCUGACCCAAGACUGAAGGUGGCUCUGGAGGAGGUGGAUCCGAGGGUACACUUUGCUCUGAUGCUAUGUUGGGUGUGUGGCCACAUGGCCCCAGGGGACAAGAGGUCGUCACUCAAAGACCUACUGGACCUCGGCAACUACAGACUAAAAUUCCAGAAGUACAACUGGGAAGUCAAUACUCACUGAACAUCACCUAUAUUAUACUGUAUAUUACAUGUGUGUAUAAUAAAUGUAUAUACAGGUGUGUGUACCUUAGCCCAAUAAGUAUUGUUGCCAUUGUAUUAUGUCAUCCAUGUGUAAUCCUUGUUAGUAAAGAGUGGAGCUUCGUCUGUUGCUAUGACGAUUGUAAAGGUUCAAAGCUUGCAAAAAGCUUAUUUGGCAAUGUCCACAUAUGUAGUCUUCUUUCAUCUUAGAUAUGUCACUAUUUCAAUAUUGAGUCUGGUAAUGCAGUGUAAAGUGAUGACAUUAUUAUCUGUUAUCUGUACGUAUGACAAUGAAAAGCACUAAAGU